AUGAGUUCACCUGGGUCUGACGAGACGAGAAAUGAGCCCGGAGAAGCUCCAAUAUGGCAUCCCGCACGAGAAUGGCUUGAAGAAGACGAGGGGGACGAGGACGACCUUGACUAUACGGUCCCAUCUACCACGAUGGAGACCGAAGACGAUUGGGAGGAUGAUGAUGAUAAACCCCCCCAUAUCACCAUCGACAAUAUCCAAUUCGAACUGACGCGCGACGAUCUCGAGGAAGCUGGGGGCGCGCACCCACGCAUCCCAGCCGCACAAUUAUUCGAGUUACUCGCGUCGAGUGGUCUACAGCAUAUUCUUCGUUCAAACGGAUGGUCAACCAAUAUCGUCGGAGAUGACGGCGAUGACGAAAGUGACGACGAUUUUGAUGCAUCAUUCAUUCGCAGGCCCAGGCCACGGAGAACAGGUGGUGCAGACAACUUCCCGAAAGUCCCCAGUGAUGAGGGGACGGAAUUGAUGGGAGCGGGUCAGUUUGGGACGAAUCCAUACUACGUCGAUCGGCUUAAGAAGCGCAAGGGAGUGUUCGCUAAGAAUCUCAUGUGGCGCGAGCUCGGAAUUGAGUCUCGUGGAUUGCGCAACAGAGCCAGUCAAUCCUUAUCCCAGCAAUUGAUACCAGGAUCGGUGGCAGACAAGAUCAUUCACUACGACGCACGAAGUUAUUCCGGUCAAUUUUCCGAUGAUGGGAAUUUCUUCUUCUCAUGCGCGCAGGAUUUCAAAGUCCGGAUGUACGAUACAUCCAACCCUUACGAGUGGAAAUAUUAUAAGACUGUCGACUAUCCCUUCGGGCAAUGGACAAUCACCGAUGCAACUCUGAGUCCCGAUAACCGUUUUUUGGUCUACAGCUCAAUAAGAAGCCAGGCUUAUCUAGCGACCACAGAUCCCGAGGAUGAUUCUGAUCCAUCAGUACUGGACUUUUCUCUUCCUCCGGGUCAACGACGACGAAGCAUGGGCAGCUCUCACUUUGGAAUCUGGUCCCUUAGAUUUUCUGGGGAUGGACGAGAGGUUGUUGCGGGCACGUCAGAAAACUCAGUAGUUGUGUACGAUAUCGAAACAAAACAGCCGGUCCUUAAUCUGCAAGAUCGGCAUCAAGACCAUGUCAACGCAGUGUGUUACGGUGACACCUCUUCGCCACAUUUACUCUAUUCUGGAUCUGAUGACACAACGCUCCGAGUCUGGGAUCGACGAUCCAUGGCCGACGGUCGUGAAGCCGGCGCCUUCAUGGGCCACACCGAGGGUUUGACCUAUGUGGAUAGCAAAGGAGAUGGUCGGUAUAUCAUUUCCAACGGAAAGGAUCAAACGAUGAAAUUAUGGGACCUGCGUAAGAUGAUGACCACCGCUGACUUUGACCGGAUCGACCCUAAUCAUUACACCACUGGAUUUGACUACCGCUUCGAGUCCUAUCCCGACGAAUACUAUGAACCUCACGAACAUGAUUGUUCGGUGGUCACUUUCCGCGGCCACCGUGUUCUGAAAACACUAAUUCGUUGUCACUUUUCGCCGCCUGACAGCACGAAUUCGCGCUACGUGUACAGUGGCAGCGAAGAUGGAAAAGUUUACGUGUAUAAUAUGGAUGCCACGCUGGCCGGGACCAUCGAUGUUGGGUCAGCUACUGUGAAUUCCCGACCCCGUGAGCCGGAUGUCUUCGCUUCUUAUGAUAUGGGCGGCGAGAUGAUAUGGCGGACGUGUGUACGAGAUGCCAGCUGGCACCCGAAUGCCCCUGUACUUGCAGCAACAUCAUGGAACGGAUGGGGACUGUCGAGUGGUACCUGCACAGUACACAGUUGGAACAAUGGUGCGAAGGACGAUGAAGGCGACCCGCCAAUUGGGAGAAGCUACGACGACAAAUUGCGAGAUGUACCGGAGUUCAACCACUUCCGCGAGCACGCGCCCCCACCUCGAAGACGUCCGGUGCGGAGUCGACCAGUGCGGCGACGAUUCUUCGAUGAAGAUGAGACUUGGUGA